UGAGUGAAAGAGGAUGUUAGAAAGAAGUUUUAAUAUAAUUUAAUUAAAUGUUUUGUGAUAUUUAUAUACGAGAAUGGUUUCGAAAAGAACUAUUUUUUCUAGUAGACAUAUUUUGUCAAUAUCAGUGUUGCUAUAUUUCUUUAGUUCUUCGGUAUCUUGUUGCUUGAAUUCCGGUUGGGAAUUUAUUUUUGAUGACAUUAUAUCGGAAGUGUGUCCAAUUUUAGCAAGUGCAACUUCGAAGGUCAAAGAUUUAUUUCUUUCGUCGUCUUCAGAGGAAGAAGACAUUCCAUCUGAGCUAAUAUCAGACAGUCUCCGAUGCGGUCGCGAACUUUCACGUGAGGCAAAGAAAAGAGCUAAUCGGCUCGUUAAAAACGGUGUUGGUUUGGAAGCAUGCUCGCCGGCUCUAUUGCAUUUUUUCUCGUCAAAAUUAUCCAGUGACGCAAAGAAGGCGUCUGAGGUGUCACACGAGCUUCUUACAGCUACGAAGAUUAUGCAAAUGAAAUUGUGCUCAACGACGGAUGUGACUCCAAACACCUUUAUAUCAUUUUUGGAGAACCAAUGCAUACAACCGCACGAGAUAUACUGCAAGCCUGUCAGUGUCUCCUGUACAGGCUCCAAUAAGUACCGUAGUAUCGAUGGCACGUGUAACAACCUGCGGCACCCAACGUGGGGCAGACGAGGCGCUCCUUUUACUAGGCUUACGUCACCUAGAUAUGCUGAUGGUAUCUACGCGAUGCCAGUUGCAACGAGCGGUCGACCGUUACCCAAUCCUCGCUUACUUUCAACUCGGAUCUUUGCAGAUCGAUCUAUUUUCAGUCGUGUACUUAGCCACCUCAACGUGCAAUGGGGACAGUUCAUCACACAUGACCUUGUUUUCCAAGUAAUGGAAGUCACAGAUGAGGGUGGAAUUCAAUGUUGCUUAGGCAAUGGUCGUGAUAUUCUGCCACAAGAAUUACUGAACGACAAAUGCAUACCAAUUUGCGUUUCUGAUGACGAUCCCUUCUACAAAAACCACGGUAUUAAAUGUCUCAACUUUGUGAGAAGUGUCACCACACCAAGGGAUGACUGCAGCUUAGGCCAUGCAGAGCAGAUGAAUACAGUAACCAGUUUUUUGGACGGCUCUCCAAUAUAUGGCUCUGAUCCAAUACUUGCUGCCAAGCUACGAAGCAAAUGCGGUGGUAGAUUGCGCGAGGAAACAAGAAAAAAUUGCAAAGGAAGUUUCUUGCCAUCGGUAGAUGAUAAGUUAGCUGUUUGCGACUUACGUAACAUAUCGGAACCUUGUUACUUGGCAGGAGACAGCAGAAUCAACCAGACACCAACAUUAGCUGUCCUACAUACAUUGCUGCUUAGAGAACACAAUCGCAUAGCAGACAUAUUGAGCUCAUUAAACCCUCUGUGGACCGAUGAGAAGAUAUACCAGGAGACGAGAAAGAUUGUCAUUGCGGAAAUCCAACACAUCACUUAUCAGGAAUGGUUGCCUUUGAACUUUGGGGAGAGCUAUCUUCGUUACUAUCGGAUUUCCCCCAGUUCGCUCUAUAGCCGUGAUUACAACGAGGAGGUGAAUCCUGGAGCUAUCAAUGGCUUCGGUGCCGCCGCUUUCCGUUUCUUACACACCGUUAUACCUGACACAAUCAUGAGCUGUCCAUCGAACUCUGGAACAGGAUAUUUGUAUAAACUAAGCGACCAUUACUUCAACCCGGGCCUGGUGGAAUCCACACCAGAGUCUUUCGACGACAUCAUACGCGGUAUAGUGACUAAUCGCGCGGGCGAGGCCGACCCGCACUGCACUGAAGAAAUCGCCAAUCUAUUAUUCAAAUCUAGUAACAAAUGGGGCUUGGAUCUCAUCGCUAUGGAUAUUCAGAGGGGUAGGGAUCAUGGAAUUGCUUCAUAUAACGAUUACAGAGAAACUUGUGGCUUGAAAAGAGCGAGAACAUUCCAAGACUUGGCAGGUGAAAUAUCACAAGACCGCAUUAACGCACUUGCCAAGUUCUACGAAUCCGUAGACGAUAUAGAUUUAUUCGUCGGAGGUGCUUUGGAAGGGGACGUCUCGGGGUCUAUCCUGGGGCAUACAUUUCAAUGCAUUGUUGCUGAACAGUUCUAUCGCACUCGUAUUGGUGAUAGACACUUUUAUGACAAUAGCGAGAUGCCGCAUUCGUUCACACCAGAUCAAUUGAAAGAAAUAAAGAAAGCAUCGAUGGCUCGCUUGAUCUGUGACAACACGAAUGUGAAAUACGUCCAGAAAAAGGCAUUCGAAUUGGAGAGUUCAUACAAUCCGAAAUACCACUGUGACGACUACAAUGCCAUACCCUAUGUCGAUCUAACGGCUUGGAAGCGUCCCAAGUUUGAACUGUAUGACUAAAUAAAUUCAAAUUUGAAUCAUCGAAAU